AUAUAAAAUUCAUCAAUAAUGGAUUAAUAGGCGCAAGAAACAUAAAUUUAAUAUGAGAGCAUAAUCAACGAAGUAAUAGGAAAGCUAAAGAAAAAUUCUGAUAAGGGACAAUUGUAAAUGAGUGAAUCUGAGAUCCAAACUUUUAAAGAUGUAUUACAAUGAAAUACUUUCUUAGCUUUGGUAAAGGUGUUUAAAAGCAAUUUAAGAUGGCAGCGAUAAUAGAUUCAAAUAACAUAUCUAACCUCAAAUAAAGCAAAAUGUAGACAACUCUAUCGAUAAUGAGCCCCAUAUUAAAAAGAAAAUUAAAACUAAUGUAGAUACUUAAAUCAUAAAAAAAGUUUAUAUUUUAACCAUCCUUUUAUCUUAGGAAGAAAAUGACGAUUAUAAUAAAGAUGAAGAUUAUAAUAAAGCUGACGUUGCCUUCAGUGAUGACUCAGGAGACGAAACUAGUUCAAAAGAACCCAAAGUCGAUGACCAGAAAGUAUCAAUUUCUAUUAAUAAUAAUAGAAAUAUUUUGAUUAUCAGAACACAAAAAAUGAGAGCCAAAGAGAGAAAACCUUAUUCGAUAAAAUCAGAGAACUAGAGCAAUUGAAGAACCUUGUAAAAGUGGAAGAGGAAGAUGAAAAUGAAUCCGAAGAACCAAAAGUAUUUGAUACAUAAGUCUAUGCUUAAAAAAUUAACACUGAAAAUUAAGUUAGUCGUAUAAGAGUAUUCUUACAUCCUUAUAUAGCCAAAUAAAUCUUAAAAAAUGAGUUUGGAGAAUGUUCUCAUCAAGGAAAAAAACAAUAAGGAAGCACUCUAUCCUUAAGCUCAAUUAUUAUUUAAUUUCAAAACUAGCAAGAAAAAAAACUCUUCAUGA